GCCAGGCUUUUUUUUUACCCCACCAAACCCACCUAUUACCUUAGGUACCUACGUAGCAACUCUGUCGUAACCUAGACCUUAAUCGACGAACCCCGCGCUCCAGAAUUAAACAGAGUCCGAACAACAAAACAGAAUUUCGUAGGACUCGACCGCGACGAAACGCCUUACCGCCCAAUUACCUUCCCGAACAAUCGCAACCUACUUAAUCUAUAUUACAUACCUAGUAUUACCCUAGUUCGAAAAGAAGAAAAAGAAAAAGAAAGAAAUAUGGCAGACACGGAACAGGCAGAGGGACCUGGCGAGCCUCAGGGCCGCCACGUGAUAUACUGCGGCGUAUGCACAUUACCGCCGGAGUACUGUGAAUACGGCGGCACGGUAAAGAAAUGCCAGGACUGGCUACAGAAAACCCACCCGAGCCUAUACGAGCGUAUAUGGUCUCCAGAAGCCCUAGAAGCCGCCACGGCAUCGCUAUCCGUCGAGGCGCAGAAGCGCGCCGCCAAGGACGCGCAGAAGAAGGCCGCGCAGGCCGAGAAGGCGGAGCAGAAGCAAGCAGACAAGAUCGCCAACAGCGUCGUGACGAUCAAGCGGGUCGAGCGCAACAAGCGCAAGUUCGUCACCGCCGUGUCAGGGCUCGAGGCGUUCGGGCUCGACCUCAAAAAGGUCGCCAAGGAGUUCGGCAAGAAGUUCGCCACCGGCUCCUCCGUCACCAAGGUGCCCAGCGGCGGCGAGGAGAUCGUCGUCCAGGGCGACGUGUCCGACGAGAUCGAGGAGUUUCUGCUCGAGAAGUACAAGGACACCAUCCCCGAGGACAACAUCGAGCUCGUCGACGACAAGAAGAAGAAGGGUAGCGGUAGCGCUGCUACCGCCAGCUAGAAUCAGCCGCGUGUCUCACACGGGCUUACGAAGUGGGAGCGUAAGAAAUCAAGGGGGACAAAAAUAUCGGGAAAGGGAUGUGAUGUGGAUGAAGAAAACUUCCUUUUUUUUAGAUAAAAACGCCCAGCAAGGUUCUCAUUGUGACCUGACUUUAAUCCAUACCCCCUCCCC